UUCUUUAAUCGAAAAGAGGCUCGUAGGAUUUUGGGCUCUGUGUUUACGGUUUAGAGAGAGACGAAGGGAGAACAAACAGAAGAAAAUAGGGCUGGAGGCUCUUAGGAAUUUGGGUUUCAUAUCUCUGCAUUUACGGUUUAGAGAGAGAAGAAGGAAGAACGAAGGGAAGAAAAUAGGGCUGGGCUCAUAGCCAUUAGGGUUUACAGAGAGAGCCAGUAGGGUUUAUAGAGUUAAUUAGGGUUUAUAGAGAAAGCCGGUAGGGUUUAUAGAGUGAGAAGAAGGAAGAAGGAAGAGAUCAUGGGCUUCACAAACCCUAAUGGAAGAGGCCCUAACUGAUUUUUAGAGAAAGAAAAGGAAGAUGGGAUGAUGAUUAGGGAUAGUUUGAAGAGGAUUGUUUGAGAGAAAGCCCUAAUUCUACUGAUUUGUGAAGUCGCCCUAACUGAUUUUUAGAGAGAGAAAAGGAAGAGGGUUUUUCAUUUUCUUGGGGAAACAACAAGCAGAGCUGAAGAAGGUUUGAGCAACUAAUCCUAUAGGUACAAUUGCUUGCUCCUGGUUUCUGCCCAUCAAUCCACAAAUCUUUAUGGCGAAGAAGAGGAAAGAGAGGGGUGGCGAUGGAGAAGGUUCCUCCAUCUCCAAGAGAAAAGAGCGGAUCGGUAUAGCAGACAAACCUGAAUUCAUUUCCAGGAAUCGCGCUCGCCUUCCCAAAAAACACCAACAAGAUGAAGAAUAUGUGGCUACAAAAUUGAGCCAAAAGAUUUUGAAAGAGGCACGAAAGCAACAGAAAGAAAUAGAGGACGAUGAAGAGUCGGAACUUGCAAAAACCCAACUCUCGUUCUCGGAUGCAGCUGCUGAAAUUCGAAAUAAUCUAUCUGAAAGUGAUGAUGAGGAUUUUGGUGGGUUUUCGGAAACUCAGAGCCGUUAUGAAGAUUAUGAGGAGAUCAAUGAGGAGGACGAGAGAGUGUUGGAGGCAUUCAUGUCAAAAGAUGCUCCUCCCUUGAGGACCUUGGCCGAUAUUAUCAUUGCAAAGAUUAGAGAAAAGGAUGCCCAAGUUGCUCAAGAAGAGCGACCUCUUCCAGCUUUGGACAGCGCUGUUAUUGAUGUUUAUAAAGGAGUUGGUAAACUGCUGACCAGAUUCACAACUGGUAAAAUGCCCAAAGCAUUUAAGGUCAUUCCAUCGCUUUCUCUUUGGGAAGAUGUGUUAUAUCUUACUGAACCAGAAAAGUGGUCUCCUAAUGGAAUGUUUCAAGCAACUAGAAUAUUUUCGUCGAAUUUGCCUCCUAAGAAGGCUCGGAGAUUUUAUAAUCUAGUCUUACUUCCACGAGUGAGGGAAGACAUUAAGAAGAACAAAAGAUUACAUUUUGCUCUCUACCAAGCCUUGAAAAAAUCUCUCUAUAAGCCAUCCGCCUUUUUCAUGGGCAUUUUGCUACCAUUGUGUCAGUCAGGGACUUGCAGUCUCAGAGAAGCUGUUGUUAUUGGAAGUAUUAUUCAAAAAGUCUCUAUUCCUCCACUUCAUUCUAGUGUUGCAUUAAUGAAGAUUGCGGAAAUGGAUUAUUGUGGCACAAACAGCUACUUCAUCAAACUAUUUCUUGACAAGAAAUAUGCGUUGCCCUACCGAGUAAUUGAUGCUGUUACUGCACAUUUUAUGAGGUUCAUGGAGGAUACCAGGGUAAUGCCUGUCAUAUGGCACCUGUCUCUUCUUUCCUUUGUUCAAAGGUACAAAAAUGAACUUACGAAGGAAGACAAAGAUAAUAUUGAUCGUCUAAUUCAACAUCAGAAACAUUAUAAGGUUACGCCUGAAAUCAAGAGGGAGCUCAGAAGUAGUCGAAAUCGUGGUGAAAAAGAGUUCGACUUUAUGUCAAUAACCCCUUUGCUGGUUUCUGUGAUCAAUAAGCCAAUUGAGGAAGACAGAUGGAGCUUUCCAGAAGUUCCCAUGGAGGAAGACUAAUGGCACCUUCCAUCUUGUAGCAGUAACCAGCAUCUGAAGUUUUGUUCUUGCCAAUUAUUCUUCCCUUUCUGUAUUAAUUUCCAUCAUAUGUAUUAAUUUUCCCAUUUUCUUGGUCUCAAUUCGAGCCAAGUUUUGUCCUUUCGAGACUGAUAACUGCGAGUCUGAAUAUGCAAGUUAUUUCAAUUGACUUAACCAUUAUUUGUUGAGAUGACGAGUCUUUGGAUGAAA